UCCAGGCUGCAUUCACUCACUGGGUCUGCAGGCACUGAGAGCCACCUCUGAAUUCAAAGCGCAUUUCUCUCGUCUCCGCGCAGCGCCCGGACGUCGCUUUGCAGAAAUCAGUGAAGAUACGGAAAUCCGGCGACCGUGCAUCAGAUAAAAACAGUAGCCUUUAUUCUGUGGAAGCAGCCAGCUACAGACACUUUGUAGCCUAGAGCGACUGUCCGGCUCGCUUUUCGCCAAACAUGGGGCGCAAAGAGAGAAGCACGCUGGAGGGAGGGAGGAGAUAAACAUAUUGAUAGAAAGAAUAGAAAGGGAAGGAGAGCUAGAGAAAAAGCGCGUCGUUUGGCAGCGGAACCCGGAGCAGUGCUACAACAAAAAAAUCUGACCUCGACCUCCUCGGACGGUGGGAAACUGGUUGUUGAGAUGGAGAUGUCGAGAUUUUCUAUCAUCCCGUCUCCUCCUCCAACACACAUGCUGCUGAGGCUGAUGAUGAUGUUUGCGUAGGAGUGUUUUAUUUUGCGGGCAGCGUUGGUAAAGCUACUGUUCAAACAACUCCAGACAAGCGGUGGAUGAAACUUGACUGAGGUCGACACAAACUACAAAAAGCAGAGGUCGGGACCUGAGCUCCGAGGAGCCACCAAUUCCCUAGAUGUGACCCGGUGAAUUUCUCUUAUCUCUGAAGGGUGUUGAUGGAGAGCCAUUCGAAUGACAGCCGGGACAGUGGUCAUCACUGGUGGAAUUCUAGCUACAGUAAUAUUACUCCUUAUCAUCGCAGUACUGUGCUACUGUAGGCUGCAGUAUUAUUGCUGCAAGAAGGAAGAGUCCGAGUCGGAGGAGGAGGAGCCAGACUUUGCCGUUACAUCCCGUCUCCCACCGGUCCACUCCAAUCACAACAUUGUGGCGGCGACGGCCGCCGCUUCCUCCAUUCCCAAUGGCCCCGCCCUUUUCUCCACCCCUCCCAUGGCCAGGAAACUGACGCGCUCACAGACCUUCUGUCCAUCCUGUACACACUAUGAGUUGCCUUUCUACCUCCAGCCUCCUCCUCCUCCUCAGCCGCAGAUCCACCAUCAACCAGAUGGGUUGAGGAACGGAGGUGACCGAAUCAGCUACCGCAGCGUCCAGCAGCAGGAUCUGGACCUGCCCGUGCCUGUGAACAUUUCAAAUUACCGUAAACCAAACCUUGCCCGCUCAGUCACCAUGAGGGACAUGUUCCAACGCAGCUGUAGCAUCAGCACUGAUGUUUAGCUGAGCGAGGUUGUGAGUUUGUGCUUGAAUGAAUUGGGAUGGCCUCGAGUCAGACUGUGUUUUUAUCAUCUUGACCAGUUUAGUCCAGUCUAGUGCAUUCUGAUCUAGUCUUGUUCUACUGGUCACCUCGUGCAGAAUGGAGGACUCAGAUGGCACUCAGGACAGGAUUCUCAAAGGUACUAUGCUCAGGUCCAGGACCUUAAACUUGGGCCACUGUAGAGUUUAAAGUAUUUUAAAGAUGUUAAAUCAUCAAUAACACGAACUUCUUGGUUUGUUUUAUUUUGAAAAGCUCUUUUUUAACAAACAGAAUGGAAUUUGUUUCACAAUUUGAUAAAGUUUGUGUUGCCCUGCUUCCUCUGGACUCUUCUGCCCAUGGCCUGAAAGACACACAGACUCCCGCCAUGUCGAAAUGACAUAAUCGUCAGGGAUUUUCUCUCUGCCAUAGCUGCUACAAACAAAAUAUGAUUAGGAGAAGUCCAGUGUUUCCCUCUCCUAUGACAGGAUGAUCUGUCUGCCUCCAUCCACAGAUUAUAGAGAUUAUAAAAUAUCACUCACCACCAGUGGAGGACGGGGGAUGUUAUGUUUUAGCUGCCAUGUGCUGACAUUUCAGAUAGACUUAACUUAGGCCAUAAUAUUUUAAGACAUAAAGGGCUCACAGAAGAUGGAAAUGCGCGCUUGAUUUCCUUUCAUAGAGGUCUCCAGUUUUGACGGGAGGCUGGUUUCUCUGAGCAUCUACUGACAACACAAAGUGUAUAUACAGUAUACUUCAGCAGACCUCUGUGUUCUUGCAGGCAGGGCGGACUAGGUGCCAAAGGGGGACGGGUUCUUGCAUUUAUGUGCAUUUGUGUGACUGUGCUUGCAUGCAUGUGUGCGUGUGUGUGUAUAACUCGAUCAGUUGUUAUACCAGGAUUCUGAUUCCAUAAACACAGUCUGUCACCCCUAUGUAAAACCAAAACCCAGCAAUGGGUUGCAAUAACAUUUUAAACAUUUAUUGUAAAGUGAUUGUAUUCACUUUACCUUUAAAUUCAUAACCCAACCAGAUGAUGUAACUCUAUUUUGUAAAUCUUUAUUUUACUGAUUAAUGCUACACUCGAGUUGUAGGUGAUGGUCAAAGGAGUAAAACAUUUUUACGGCAGCAUUUAACUUUAAAGUGUGAUAUUCAUUUUCACCAAAGUUUGAUUUCAUGGACUCUUCACUGCAUUCCUCGUGUUGUCUCUGAUUUGUUGAUAUAUGGAUUCAUGGGCUAAAGAUUAAUUCACCUUUAAAGGCACAUCUAUAAAUAUUUAACAGGCCAUAGCAUACACUCCAGUCUCUAUCUUCUCUCGACUCGUUGGACUGAGGAAUAUUUGCUCUUCCUCUGAGGGACUCAGAGAGUUCCUUCUUGGGAUUGUUUUUAUUUUCUGCGCUUGGCUGAGCCGCCUGGCUGGAGGGCUGAUUUUCUGACUGGAGGAGCUUUAUGGACACAGGACACACGUUUAAUGAAUGAAAUGAUUUACUGCUUGAUUUCAAGAAGAGAUGCUUGUGGUUGUGUGAGGGGCUUGAAGCGAAUUAGAUUGUCCCUCUUGGACCUCCCCUCCCUCUCAAAAUAGAUGGUAAAUGCUGUUGUACCUCUCUCUCUCUCUCUGUCUCUUUGUUGAUUUUAUCAGCAAUCAUGCUCAUUUAUAUUCCCAAAGGAUGAAACAGUGAGUGAUUUUGUUUUAAGUUUUUCCUCUUGUGACAUGUGCUUUCCUGCAAAUACACUAAAACACACAUUGACAUUACACACACAGAAACACACACUUACAUACACAGUUCUCAAUGCUAUGCUUUCCUUACUUUUUAAACAGAUGUGACAGUUGCACAGGAAAUUUAGUGCCAUAAAGAAUUAUGAGAGAACUUUAUUAUUAUUAUGAUUAUUAUUACAAGUGUAUAUUCAAAUGCAGUGUUGCUU